CGGGCCCAAUAGCAGACAAGGCGGGGCCCGGGCCUACGCCUGGCGGAAACGCCGCUUAAAGGCGUGCGGGGUGAAGCGGGUCGGGCUGCGGUGAUGGCGGUGACGGCGCGGCAGCAGGAUCUGGAUAACGGCUCCUUGGAAAUAACACAGAGUUUAGAAGAUGAAGCUCUAUUGGAUGCACCACUUAUUUCAUCUCGUACGCUGUAUUCUCAACUAAGGCCAAGAUUUCAUGCUAUCCCAGUAGUUCUCCUUGCCAAUUUUCUGUUGCUACUGCAUGUUGCUUUUGUUGUUUUAGCGUUUUUAGCAGCUAUGUUUUGUUCUUACCCCAAUCCAAAUCAGGAUAAAUGCCCUGGAAACUAUACUCACCCAUUUAAAGUACAGACUGUCAUAAUAAUUGCAAAGGUAAUUCUAUGGAUUCUGCAUGUGUUUUUUGAACGUUAUGUCCACCACCACCACAGCAAAAUCAGAAGCAGAGGCUAUUUCUUAAUAUAUCGAUCAACAAGGCAUCUCAAGAGGCUUCCACUGGUGAUGCAUUCUACAGGUAAUGCAGCACUGCUUUUGAUUUUGUCAACCCAGCAUUCCUUUCCUGAUCACAGUAAAGUGUACCUGUAUCUCAUCUUGGGAGUCCUGGGCCUGGAGCUGAUCAGUUCACUGACAUGCUUAGUGAUUUACACAGUGAAAAUAAGCAACUUCAAUCGUGCGAAGCCAAGACCUGACAUAAUUGAAGAAGAAAAGUUGUAUGCUUACUCUAGUCACAUAACCUCAGAAGUUGGAUUUGGGGAAAAUUCAAGUUUAGAAGAGAUAGUUGAGAAGCAAGGAGAUGUAAUAGAAUAUCUUCAGCGACACAAUGCACUGCUCAGCAAGAGACUGUUGGCACUAACAUCUCAGCAAAUCAAAACUUAAACACUUGGAAAACUGCUGCUGGAGCUCAGGAGACAAUACGAGGCAAUACAAUAUCCAAACUGACCUGUGUGGAUGACUCUUCAAUCUUCUUUCACAUUUUGGAAUAGAACUUAAAUUGCAAGUAUGAGCUCUGUGUUCACUGUAAAUCUGUGACAACUGGACUUAAUGGCUUUUUUUCACAUCAGUUCUGAGAAAAUGUUCAGGAACUUAAAGGAUUUUUAGUUCUUAAAAGGUUACAAUUGGACUUAAGAUAAUGAUUUAACUUCAUUCAGUUGUUGCUGUUAUUUUUGCACUGUUGUUUUUUGAGCUUUAAGUUACUGAAUGGAAUACACAUUUGUUCUCAAAACAUAAUUUUGCAGAGGAUGCCUCUCAGCUUUCAGUACUGAAGCUGGGAUCUUGGAUGUAUGUGUUCAAUCACCAGACUUCAUUAUUUCCAGUGUUAAAGGUGUUAUACUUCAAUAAUCCUGUACCAAGUAGAUACUUGAAUUCUAGAUUUGUUUUUUCCUUUGCCCAGUAAAGGAAUGAAGUUGUUUCCUAUGCCAACAGGAAUAUUUAACAUCCAAUUUAAAAAAAAAAAAAGGCAGAAGGGAAGGGUGGUAUCCUAAAAUGUGGUGGUACCACAUGUGAGAUUUGAUAAUGUUACAAUUAGCAAUUUGAGCAGCGGGCUUUAGAUAACAGAAAGGUGUCUUCAGGUCUACUGAUUCUUCUGUUACUGGGAUUUGUAUAUCAGCAAAGACUGAACAGGAUUCCUUCUGCCUGCCAAACUAACAUGCAAAUGGUUGAAGUGCCCUCAUUGACCCUGUAACCAGUUCAUGUUCAAUGGGGUUUAAAGUUGGAUCCUGCUAAAUUUGCUAUUGAAGCUGCAUGUAUUCUUGCUCUAUGCUUCAACUCUUCUAAAAUAUCCCUGUCUUAAUUCAAAAGCCAAAAUGUGAAUGUGUGUGGUGGAAAUCAGCAGGAGACAGAAUGGCCUUCUGACAGUGGAAAAACAGUUUUCAGUUCUAAUUGUAUAGAUUUUUUGGGAAGGGUGGUAAAAACCAUUCUCAUCAGAUGCUCUGUCUACCACUGUAGUCUAAAUGUUAUUUUAGAAGCAAAUGUCUGUGGUAAGACAGGAUAAUUACUGGUCAAAACUGGGAUGAAGAUUCUCAUGGGGAGUGGUCUUGGUUGAAUAUGAGGGAAAGAAACACAAAUUCUAUUUUUUGUACUGGAAACUGUUGAUAUUUUGCUGCUAUCUAACACUAAACUGUACCCCUUAAUUGUUGUGGUUUUUUUUUUUGAAAAAUAAAGCCAUGAUUUUAUAGUAAACAUAGAAAGGACACAACUGGUUUUGUUUUUAGAACUCAGGUCUCAAUGUGAUUGUGUAUACUGACUUACAUAACUGCUAUGAAAAGCAGUAAGCUGUGAUUGGAGUUUGUGUACAAUAAAUUCAACUAAGGGAAA